AUAUAACCCAUUUGUACCUGGCACCCUGAAGAACACUGGCUGUUGGUGUGUGUGUGACUAGUAUGGAAAGUGAAGAUGACGAUCCAAUCAUACAAGAGAUUGAUGUUUUCCUGGCCAAGAGCUUGGCAGAUAAGCUGUACUUAUUUCAGUACCCUGUCCGGCCUGCGUCAAUGACCUACGAUGGCAUGCCACACCUGGCAGCAAGGAUAAAGCCAAAGCAACAGAAGGUGGAGAUUGAUAUGGCCAUUAACACGUCGAGUCCUAAUUAUUGCCGCAGUAAAGGAGAACAGAUUGCUCUGAAUGUUGAUGGCACUUGCAACGAUGAGACCAGUACCUUUUCCUCGAAACUUAUGGACAAGCAGAGGUUCUCAUCCAUACAAGCUGCAAGCAACAGAAAUCGCUAUGCAGCUGCAUGUUAUAGAAAAGGUGAAAUUCACCUAACUCCUUUGUGUGGGAUUUUACAAUUACGUCCCAGUUUUACAUACCUGGAUAAAGCAGACACUAAAUUCAAGGAACGUGAAGCUGCAAAUGAUGCUGGAGAUUCCUCACAGGAUGAAGGUGAGGAGGACGUAAAGCAAGUUACUGUGCGUUUUUCACGUCCAGAGUCGGAGCAGGCCAAACAGAGGAGGGCACAGUCCUACGAGUUUUUGCAGAAAAAACAGGCUGAGGAAUCCUGGGUGCAUCUGCAUUACUCUGGGGUCAAGGACGGUCGUUCUGAACAUGAAAGACAAUAUUUGCUUUGUCAGAAUCCAGGCAUGAAUGAAACCAAUGAGCUGAUAAAAUCCCCUAGUGAAUAUCUACAAAUGCUGAUGCCCCCCAGUGUUGAGGAAGAAACAGAGAAGCCUGUUGCACCUAGCAAUGUGUUAUCGAUGGCUCAGCUGAGGACUCUACCACUGGCUGAUCAAAUCAAGAUUCUAAUGAAAAAUGUUAAGGUGAUACCUUUUGCCAACCUCAUGGGCUUAAUGGCAGCAGGAACAGAAUCCAUUACAGUCCUUCGAUGUAUACAGCAGGUGGCGUUGUUGGUCCAAGGAAAUUGGGUUGUUAAAAGUGAUGUGUUGUAUCCAAAGGAAUCAUCAAGCCCACACAGUGGGGUUCCAGCGGAAGUUCUUUGUCGGGGAAGAGAUUAUGUUAUGUGGAAGUUUACUCAGGACCGCUGGGUAGUAAGGAAAGAGGUGGCUGCUGUGACAAAGCUUUGCCAAGAAGAUGUGAAGGAAUUCCUGGAUCAAAUGGCCGUCCCAAGAAUCAACAAAGGCUGGGAGUUCAUGUUGCCUUACGAUGAGGAUUUUAUGAAGAAACACCCAGAUGUGGUUCAGAGGCAGUCCAUGCUCUGGAAAGGGAUCCAAGCAAAGCUAGAGAAGGUCUUCAGCUUGUCAAAGGACAGUAUGUCUAAAAAGUCGGAUCCAUCUUCAGCUCCAUAUACUGUAAUCUCUGGAGACCAGAUGGUGAACAUGGCAAGAGUCAAGGCCAAGGAGAACCAAGCCAGGUUGGAGAAGGACUUGCAGCGGAAAAAAGAGCAGACCAAGCAGACAUCCCACAUGGCAGUUGUGGCUGAUGUCCAUAUUAAAGAGGAACCAUUGAGUGAUGUGGAAAGCAUGGACACCUCAGAAUAUGACAGUCUGAACAAUGGCAUGGUCAACGGUGUUCAUAUGGAUGAAAACUCACACGAGUCAGUGAAUGGGCCUGUUUCUAAAGGAGAUAAAGAUUCAAUAGCAAAAGAACUUUUUGAGUUUGUUGCGUCUACAUUUAAGAGGCAGUAUGUGUUGACUUUGAGUGAACUUAAGCGUUUAUUUAAUCUUCAUUUAGCCAGCCUUCCUCCUGGACACACACUUUUUAGUGGCAUCUCGGACAAAAUGCUUCAAGAAACGGUUUUAAACUCUGGCUGUAAACAGAUCAUGGUGCCUUUUCCUCCUCAGAGCACUGCUGCCCCUGAUGAACAGAAGGUGUUUGCCCUGUGGACCAGUGGAGAUGAGUCUGACAAGGAAAGACAAGCUCUGCUGGAGCUCUUCUCCAAAGGACAUCGUUUGCGCAGGAAUAUGAUCCAGACAAGGCUGAGCCAGGAAUUUGGAGAAGAUCUCCCAAAGCAACAGCUGGACAAAGUGCUGAAGGACUGUUGUGUUUGUUAUGGAGGUAUGUGGUAUCUUAAAGGAACAGUACAGUCCUGAUAGUUCCAGAACCCUGGCAGUUGAUGGACACAGUGGCCUAAGUGUAGACUGUAGCUGUACUGCUCCAGCAUCACGCAACCGUUACCAAAGGGACAAGAUGCAGUUGGCUGCAUGGCCUGCAGGGAGAAGUGCUCCGAGGAAGGAAGCUGCUCUGUUGGAAUAUUUAAUUUUGGCCUUUAAAUCCUUUUUGUUUUGUAACCACAAUAAACGAUCAGAAAUAUACCCACCCAGUGGAAGAGACAAUGGAUAUGAAUUUUGCAUUUAUAAUGCCAACAUAAGUAUACUGUAGACAACGUAAAGCUUUGCAAGCAAACAAGUAACUGCAGAUGCAACGCAAUAAUUCCUCAUUCACGCAAUGUGUUACGUUGACCCAAUGCAUUUUCUUCCAUUAGAGCAUGCCCAUUCAUUGUGAAUGAGCUGGUAGUUG